AGUAGCGGUACUCACAGGUCAGCCAUUAUUCUGAGCUUCGGCUGCCGUUGAUUCCCGUGUCAUCUCUCCGCGUCCUGGUGCCCAGGAGGCGAUACCCAAUGCCGGAGGCGCAGCGGGAAUCCCCGGUCUUCUAGAUGAUAUUCUCCAAGCUUUAAGGAAGCAAGGAUUGAAGCAAGGAUUGAAGGGGCCUGGAGAGGAGCCUUUCUUAAAUGACGACAAUGACAAGAGAAAAUUGGGCCCACAAUGCUCUGAGACAAGAGGGUCUUGUUAAAGGGAAGGAUGAUACCUGGAAAUGGGGAACCAGCUUCCAAGGAAGCAGCUCCUCUGUUUGGGAGACCUCCCACCUGCACUUUAGACAGUUACGUUACCAUGAGACAUCUGGACCCCAGGAAGCACUGAGCCGGCUCCGGGAGCUCUGUCGUCGAUGGCUGAGGCCAGAAGCACGUACUAAGGCCCAGAUCCUGGAACUGCUGGUCCUGGAGCAGUUCUUGAGCAUUCUGCCUGGGGAGAUUCGGACCUGGGUGCAGAUCCAUCGCCCUGGGAGUGGUGAGGAGGCUGUGGCCCUGGUAGAGGAGCUACAGAAAGACCUCGAUGGACCAGCACUAAAAGUUCCAGUUCUUGUUCAGCACCAGGACAUUCUUCAGGAAGGGAUGAACACUCCAGGAACAGCAGUUCCUCAUGCACCCAUUGGCAGCCGCAUAGCAACUGAAAUUUGCCAAAAUCCUUUUACUGACCCAGUGAUGUUCAAUCUUCAGGAUCCACAACAUGCUUUUGCUCCUUCAGAUUCUCCUGCCCCUGAAGCUUCUGCCCUUUCCCAGGAAGAGAACCCAAGAAAUCAAUUAAUGGCCCUCAUGCUCCUAACAGCCCAGCCCCAGGAGUUGGUGAUGUUUGAGGAAGUGUCAGUAUGCUUUACUUCAGAGGAAUGGGAGUGUCUGGGCCCGAUUCAGAGGGCUUUAUACUGGGAUGUGAUGUUGGAGAAUUAUGGAAAUGUGACCUCCCUAGAAUGGGAGACCAUGACUGAGAAUGAGGAGGUGACACCAAAGCCAAGCAUUUCUCAAAGAGCCGAUUCUCAAAAAGGAACAUCCAAAAGACUUCAGGGAGGUGUUCCUCAGAUCCUAGAUUUUGAGGAAGCAUGUGAAUGGCAAGUUUUGGCAAGUCAUUGGGGAACUAAAACAGGGGAAAGAGAUACCCUAAAGAAAGUUUCCGUCUGUGAAAGAGAUAAGAAGAAAAGGACUCUACCAGAAAAACAAGGCCAAAAGUGGAAGGAAUUUGGAGAAAGCUUGACUUCAGGUUCAGCUCUUUCUGAAAGUUUAAUAGGUACUGAAGGAAAGAAGUUUUAUAAAUGUGAUAUAUGUUAUAAACAUUUCAAUAAAAUCUCCCAUCUUAUAAACCAUCGGAGAAUCCACACUGGUGAGAAACCUCAUAAAUGUAAGGAGUGUGGAAAAGGCUUUAUUCAGCGCUCAAGCCUUCUAAUGCAUUUACGGAACCAUUCUGGGGAGAAACCUUAUAAAUGUAAUGAAUGUGGGAAAGCCUUCUCUCAAAGUGCUUACCUUCUAAACCAUCAGAGAAUCCACACUGGGGAGAAGCCUUAUAAAUGUAAGGAGUGUGGAAAGGGCUUCUAUAGGCAUUCAGGCCUUAUUAUACAUCUAAGGCGCCAUUCUGGGGAGAGACCUUAUAAAUGUAAUGAAUGUGGGAAAGUUUUCUCUCAGAAUGCUUACCUCAUUGACCAUCAGAGGCUCCACAAAGGGGAAGAACCUUAUAAAUGUAACAAGUGUCAGAAAGCUUUCAUUCUGAAGAAGAGCCUCAUUCUGCACCAGAGAAUCCACUCUGGGGAAAAGCCCUAUAAAUGUGAUGAAUGUGGAAAAACCUUUGCUCAGACCACUUACCUUGUUGACCAUCAGCGGCUCCACAGUACAGAGAACCCAUAUAAAUGUAAAGAAUGUGGAAAAGUUUUCAUUCGAAGCAAAAGCCUCCUCUUACACCAGAGAGUACACACAGAAAAGAAGACUUUUGGUUGCAAAAAAUGUGGGAAGAUUUUCAAUUCAAAGUCAAACCUCAUUGACCAUAAGAGGAUGCAUAGCAGAGAGAAGCCAUAUAAAUGUACUGAAUGUGGGAAAGCCUUCACUCAGAGUGCUUACCUUUUUGACCACCAGAGACUCCACAAUGGAGAGAAACCUUACGAAUGUAAUGAGUGUGGGAAAGUUUUCAUUCUAAAGAAGAGCCUCAUUUUACAUCAGAGGUUCCAUACUGGAGAGAAUCUCUAUGAAUGUAAAGACUGUGGCAAGGUCUUUGGUUCUAACAGAAACCUCAUUGACCAUGAAAGACUACACAAUGGGGAGAAGCCCUAUGAAUGUCGAGAGUGUGGGAAGACUUUCAUCAUGAGCAAAAGUUUCAUGGUCCAUCAGAAACUACAUACACAGGAGAAAUCCUACAAAUGUGAGGAUUGUGGGAAGGCUUUUAGUUAUAAUUCAAGCCUGCUCGUACAUCGGAGAAUCCACACUGGAGAAAAGCCCUUUGAAUGCAGUGAGUGUGGAAGGGCUUUCAGUUCUAACAGAAACCUCAUUGAACAUAAGAGAAUCCACAGUGGUGAGAAACCCUAUGAGUGUAAUGAGUGUGGUAAAUGCUUCAUUUUGAAGAAAAGCCUCAUUGGACAUCAGCGAAUUCACACAAGGGAAAAAUCUUAUAAAUGCAGUGACUGUGGGAAAGUCUUCAGUUACCGCUCAAACCUUAUAGCCCAUCAGAGAAUCCAUACUGGUGAGAAGCCCUAUGCAUGUAAUGAGUGUGGGAAAGGCUUUACUUACAACAGAAACCUCAUUGAACAUCAAAGAAUUCACAGUGGGGAAAAAACCUAUGAAUGUCAUAUAUGUAGAAAAGUUCUUACCUCUAGUAGAAAUCUUAUGGUACAUCAAAGAAUCCACACUGGAGAGAAGCCUUAUAAAUGUAAUGAGUGUGGAAAAGACUUCAGUCAGAAUAAAAACCUUGUUGUACAUCAGAGGAUGCACACUGGGGAAAAACCAUAUGAGUGUGAGAAGUGUAGAAAAUCUUUUACUUCUAAGAGGAAUUUAGUUGGCCACCAGAGAAUCCAUACAGGGGAGAAACCGUAUGGGUGUAAUGAUUGUAGUAAAGUUUUUAGGCAGAGAAAAAACCUUACUGUACAUCAGAAAAUUCAUACAGAUGGAAAACUUUGUGAAUGUGAUGAGUCUGAAAAAGAAUUCUCUCAAACUUCAAACCUUCAUCUUCAACAAGAAAUCCAUACUGUGGAAGAAUUCUCUUGGCUCCAAAAUGCCAAUGAGUCCAAGACAGAGAUUCAGAAAAUCUAGUGUCAUUUGUAAAAGGGGAUAAAAUCCCUGCCUACCUAAGUAACUAUUAGACAAAUGGCAGUGUAUGGUCCUUGCAAGGAAAAAAAUUCAUGAUUGACCCUUUUGUAGACAAAUGAUUUGCAUGUGAAAGAAAGUUAAUCUAGACUUUCAAGACUACAUAAACCAAAUUCUAGUUAAAGAAUAUUAUGUCCCAGAUCAUUUGUUAUGACUCUGGAAAGGAGCCUUAGAGCACUUGAAGGCUCUGAAGAACCUUACAACAUGUAAUGAUGUAGUUGUAAAUGAUAGCAAAAAUAUCUUUGUAUUAAGAAAUGGACAUUGUUCCUGGAAAUGUGUAUAUUGUACAUUUUAAAAAUAGCAUCACUGCUACAAAAAGUCUCUAUUGACCAUAUGAUUGAGACAUGUCAGACAUGGAGUUGAGUGGGCAAGAGUCUGCUGUUUGAGGACAACUUAAGAAGAGUACUAGAUUUGGAAUUAGAAGACCGAGGUUUGGGUCCUGGCUCUUCCUCUUACUAGCUAUGUGAUGUUGUUAAGUCAGCCUCUAGGCCUCAGUUUCUCUGUCAGUCAAGUGUUGACAUAAUGCUUUCUUAAAAGGGUUUGAGGAUUAAGUGAAAGGAUGGUUGUGAACAUACUUUGUGAAAUAAUUUAGUUGUCAAUAAAGUUGGGUAAAAGAGGUAUGGUCAAAAUCUAGAACAUGGCAUAAUGUAAUGUUUGUUUAUUACGUCAAUAUUAGGACUCUGGGAACUUCAAAAAUACUCAUUUUUUAAGAGGAAGUAUGAUGGAUAGCUUACUUUGGAUUUAAUAGUCUAGAAGACUUUUUAAAAAGAUAGCUUUCAGAAUUUGAUGGGAUUAAUAGAUAAUAUGCCUAGUUUGUUUUGGUGGUAAAAUACUGGCUUAUUAUGGAAAAGCAAUAUUAUGUCCAGUUGUUAACACUGAGGCCAAGGAAAACUGUUUUUCAACCUUCAGAUUUGAAACCUGGCAGAUGUAGAAUGUCAAAAUGGAAGGACAGUCCUGUGUUGCUUUCCUUGUUCAUAGGGAAAAAUCCUUAACUCCAACCCCUGAGCUAAUGAUCGCUGCCACUUUAUUCUCAGUUCUAAUCAACAUUUCACCAUUGCUGACAUAUGAAAGCUUGUUACUCAAGAAGCAACAUUCUGUUCCAGUACUCAACUUACUAAUAAGUUUCACAAGAACCAAGUCCUUAAAGCUCUGAUUAAAUCGAUUCAGAAUCCACCCCUGAGUGGUCAGGCCCAUUACUGCCUGUGAACCAAUCAUUCAUUCAGUCUGUUCUCUUUUGUACAUUUGUAGAUUUAAUUCAUCCUAUAUUCUUGAGUUGCUAUUUUUAUAUUGUAAUUCUCAAGACUCCCAGUUCUGCAGCUGGACUAUAAAUACCUUAAUAUCCAGAUUGUGUUUCUAAUAAUAGCAUUGAACUGAUGUGUUGAUAAAUGUUACUAAUUCAACCUCA